AUGGAGCAGAGAACAAGCAGUCGUUCAGAAUGGAAAGACGAGAUUAACAAGUUACUGACCUUCGCUGGCCUCUUCUCGGCAGCGCUUACUGCGUUCAAUGUCCAAUACUACGUGUUUCUGCAACCCCAGGCAUCAGAUCCCAUUGCCAAUGCCAUACUGGUCCUGAUGAGCGCACUGGUAGCAAAUUCUGAUGCCACAGAUAUCUUGCAACCCACAUUGUCGGCUCUCACUACAUCACGCAACGCCGCGAAAACACCAAUCGAUGUUAUUGUGAUCAACACGCUCUGGUUCUCCGCUCUUGUGUUCAGCCUCAGCGCUGCCUCGCUUGCCAUCUCUGUUAGCCAAUGGCUUCAUCACCACAUUGAUCAGCCUGCUUCAAGAUAUCGACAGAGUGUCCGUAUUUGGUACUUCCGGCAUCGUGGAUUCAACUCCUGGAAUGUGCCGUUUAUUAUCAGUUUGUUGCCUGUCCUCUUGCAAACAUUGCUCCCUUUGUUCCUCAUUGGACUUCUGGUAUUGCUUUGGACCUUAAACUUAAUUGUGUUCGGCGUUGUCACCACUCUCGUCGUAAUCCUCUUGACCCUUUCGGUCUCCACGGCUAUCAUUCCCACAAUAGCACCCACAUGUCCUUUCAAGUCACAGCCAGCUUGGUGGUGCCUCGCUAUUGUUCAGCAUAUUCAGCUGGGACUUUCCAAAAUCAUUAAAAGCUUUCCCCAUAUAUCGAGCUGGCAUCCAUCAACACAGCCACUGGUUACUGCUCUAUCCAGAACUGGGGGACAGGGUGCCCCAGGAUGCUGCCUUAUAUACAUGAGGGAAAACCCCCUAGGGACCGGUAAUGGACCCCUGGUACCUAGCUGGGUAAGGAUUACUAAGUAUCAUGUGCUCUUAUGA